AUGCAAACUGCAUGUUCAUUUCUCGCUGAAGCAAUUUAUUUAUCAUCGAGAGAACGAUCUUUGGGAGUGAGAGGUGCACCAACAGGUUCUGAAUUUAGCAUUCUCACGUCGAAAGCAGUUGCUGCUAGUCUGAAGGUCAUGAGAAGUGUCAAACGUUCACGAACGCAACGUCUUGUUAUUUCAGCGUAUGUCUCGGCAGUUGUCUUCGGCAUUUUGCAGCAGCAGGAUGAUCCAAUACCUCUCGCGAAUCUCGUGUCGAGGACGUUUGUUUCUAAUCUCGAUGAACCACUUGAUGUCACCCAAUAUCCUGGAAUUAAGUCGCUUACGGAAUUUGUCAACAUCAUAUUAUCAAGAGAUUCAAAGUCUCAGAAGGGUGAUGUUAAGAAAUCAAACAGUAAAAAUGUAACAUUUGAGGAUUCCUGCGAAUCGCAGUUGUCGCAGCUCGCAUCGCAGUUGUCGCAGCCGGGGCAGAUCGUCAGAGCAAGUCAAGGUUCAGGACCCUCAAACGAUCAUGUCUUGACAGCAGCACGCUCACUCCUCAAGUCUAUGAGAUAUUCAGCUGAUAUUGAAAACUCAUCUGAGGCGGUUGAGGAAAUUCUGGGUGCUUCACAUGAGGUGCUUUCAAUAGCUAUCAAGAUGAGCUUGGGCGAAGGACUUACGCCGACAUCCAGACUAGCUGUUCACGCACAUGGUCUGUUGCUCUCGAUGCCACUGCUCCUGAAUUACAUAGCUAAGGAUGUCAUGUUGAAUGGCAUCUUUCUUGGGGUGGCACAUUCCUUCACUGCUUUAAUUGGAAAUUUGUUCUUAUCAUCAUGGAUCAAAUUUGGGAAUCGUGACUGCUUAGAAGCUGUUGACAAGUACUUCAUUGAUUCUGCUUCCCUCAGGGAAAUCUGCUACCGCAUGAUUGAACAAAUCUUGCCUGCUCACCUGCCUUCCACUGCACGCGAACUUAUGUUUUGGUAUACCUUUGCAUUGGAUAGUUUCAAACGAACUAGUCGGGAAUCGAAUAGACCGAACUGGCGACAUAAACAUCGCAUAUUGUUAUUCGUGAUAACCUUGUGUGGUGCGAUGCUAUUUCGGGCACGCGUAAUUGAAAAAUGGGAUCCCAAAGGGGCUGCAGAGGUAAAGCACGCUAUAAUUGCGUCGUGCGUUCUAAUUACCAGCUUCAACCGUUGCGGAAGUGUUUUAGCUGCAGCAGUUACUGACCUCGUCAUCCUUCAUGUCGACUCCUUUAGGAAUAGAGGAGGGCUCGAUGGAAUUUUUCUUUCAGCACCUUACAGAAACUUGGCAGUUUCAGUGGUUGAGCUUUCUUGGGAAAGUGUAGGCACAGUACAGAUAGAUAUGAAAAUGGCUGUUGUACCUCUUGUUCGUCACACAACGGUGAGAACUCAGCAGCGGCUCGUGGAAACGUCCAUCAGUUGUUGCAGUUCGAGAAACACACUCGUAGCAACUACUAUGCCAUCGCAACGAGCUCUUUUGAUUGAGUUGGCAGCUGCAAUUCUAUUUCAGCUGACUUCAUUACCAUCCUAUGCAGACGUGGAUGUGGUCAGCUCUAUCUUUGAUACAUUGCGACACGCAUUUCACACCGCAAUUAUUCUAGCAGGAGUUGCUGAAGCAGACAUCAGUGGACGAGCAAGUAAUGUUGCAGAAGAAGCUCUCGUUGCGAUGCUUUCACCCGCAGUUGUUGUUGCCAGGACUACAGGGAUGGUGCCAGAUUUCGCCUAUGUCACAGAGGUGGAAACUGUAAUUCAUCGGGCAGUUACUUCGGUAACUCCCAACAUGGCGGGUCUCUGUACAGCACUUGUCUCGGCCAGCCAUGUCCAUGCUACAAACUUCACUGUGCUCAUAGCCACAAAGUUGCGUCAAACAUCUUUCCUAAGUUUCACGACAAAGUUACUUGACCUUCUUCCAGCUAUCCGAGUCAGCCUUGAAUGUCAAGUUUCAAAUAAAUCAGCACGGGAGACUAUUUCUGUCAGCCACAACCUUUGUACCAGUUUAUGUUCGGCUCUGUGUAAUUGCUCUGUGAUUGAAGACUUGAACUUGGUUGCCCGCACCGUUUACCAUGCCCUAGCAAAUUAUUUAUUUCUUGACACAUCAAACUGUUCUACUCGCCCGAUGCCGAUACCUUCAGUGGACAACUUGAGAGAUCAUGCGGCAGCCACUUUAACGGCAGCGUAUUCCAUCACUUUGCAAGGAUGUUGUCCGGAGUAUUCUAUUUUACCGCCUGCUGGUUGGUUCCCCUCCCUUGCUGCCAAAUCUCCAAUUUUAUCAGAAGCGGUCUGGGGAGGUACUUAUGCCAUCCAAUAUCCUCUUUUGAUUGCACAGCAAGCAGCCACCGCGCAGCUGGUGUAUGGAGAAGAGAAAACACAUCGAAUACGUUGCGCGUACCUGGCAAGUUUACUGUCUACUCUGAGGGUGAUCACGUUGAUCACACCUGUGCGGUCCAUUUCAAAGGUUCCAUUCUGGUCUUCUGUGCUGUCACCGUCAGCAGUAGCAUCAUGUUUGGAGAAACCUAUCUCAAGAGAUCUUUCCACACUUUUUUCAAGACAAUAUGCUCUUGCCAAGCCAACUGCGCCGCUGAUUGCUGCCGCGCGAGCUUUCAUACGCGCCACUCUCCGCUGUCGAUUCACCUCCUCUGUUUCGCUCACGUUCAUCAAUAAUUUACUCACUGCUCUGUCCCCCUGUCAAAUUAAUCGUGGGUCAGGUGGCAAUGGACUUGGGGAAAUAAAGUCAUCCAUUUUACUUGAUAUUGGCGCGAAGAUAGUGUUUA